UGGCAGAGUGCGUCCGGAGCUGCGGGCGGGGGUUCCCGCCGCUCGAAGACGUCCAUCCUCCCCUCCGCGGUGGACUCGGCUGCAAAACCCGGGGUCCUCGUCUCCCUCACUGUUUCCCACCUAGGCUGUGUCAAGGAGGACCGCCCCCUUUGUCCUUCGCUGCGCGCACGGGAUCGUUCAGGCGGGAACCCCCAGCCCCUUCGCCGACUCCUCGCUUCCCACGGCCCCCAGACCUCUCUGGACCGCAUUUCCAGCCGCUGCUCACAUGGCGGACAAGAAAUUGGUGGUCGUGUUUGGAGCCACAGGUGCCCAGGGGGGCUCAGUGGCCCGGACGCUUCUGGAAGAUGGGACAUUCAGGGUCCGAGUGGUGACCCGGGACCCUGGGCAGAGGGCAGCGAAGGAGCUGAGGCUGCAAGGUGCAGAAGUAGUGCAGGGAGACCAGGAUGAUGAGGCCAGCAUGGAGCUGGCCCUGACCGGGGCUCACGCCACCUUCAUCGUGACCAACUACUGGGAGAGCUGCAGUCAGGAGCGGGAGGUCAAGCAGGGAAAGCUGCUGGCCGACCUGGCCAAGCGCCUGGGCCUUCACUACGUGGUCUACAGUGGCCUGGAGAACAUCAAGAAGCUGACGGCGGGGAGACUGGUUGUGGGCCACUUUGAUGGCAAGGGGGAGGUGGAGGAAUAUUUCCGGAACAUCGGCGUUCCCAUGACCAGCGUGCGGCUGCCCUGCUAUUUCGAGAAUCUCCUCUCCUACUUCCUGCCCCAGAAAGCCCCAGAUGGAAAAAGCUACUUGCUGAGCUUGCCCAUGGGUGACGUGCCCAUGGACGGCAUGUCGGUGACCGACCUGGGCCCUGUGGUGCUCAGCCUGCUUAAGAUGCCAGAGGAGUACGUUGGCCAGGACAUCGGGCUCAGCACCUGCAGGCACACGGCGGAGGAGUAUGCCACCCUGCUCUCCAAGCACACAGGGAAGGCCGUGCGUGACGCCAAGACAACCGCUGAGGACUACGAAAAGCUUGGCUUCCCUGGCGCCCGGGACCUAGCCAACAUGUUCCGUUUCUACGCCCUGAAACCCGACCGCGACAUCGGACUGACCCUGAGGCUCAACCCCAAGGCUAGGACACUGGAUCAGUGGCUGGAGCAGCACAAAGUGGACUUUGCCAGGCUGUGACUCUGCCCACCUCUCCACCCUGUCUGGGGGGACGGGAGACACGGUCACAGUGAUCCUUUCUUGUGUUACGUAAAGUUUAUUUUUUAAAUAAAGGCCAUUGUUCUCACAGAUGA